GACCCGGCGUAAUCCACAACCUUACCCUCUCCUGCCCCAGAAAGAAAAGCUCUCUCCCCUCCCAAAACCCCGUCCACAUCUCCGGCGGACACCAUCCGCAUCCAAUGGAGUCCUCCCUCCUCCUCUCCUCCGCCCGCCCCCUCAAGCCCUCCCUCGUCGCGCCCUCCUCCUUCGCCCAUCGGCGCUGCGCCUCCUCCGGCCCGAAGCCUCUGUCUCGGCGCCUCCCCUCCCUGCCGCCGCGCGCCCGCCGGUGGAGCGUAGCGCCGCGGGCUGCGCCCGAGGCGUUCGAGGGAAUUCACAGCCAGGACAAGCCCCCCGGGGUCGGACGCGGGGGUGCGCGCCGGAGAGCCUACCGCGAGGAGCAAGGGGAGCCCGUAUCGCGCCCCUUGGGUGCGGGAGCGGGGGGCAUCACUCGCUACAUCGUCCCGGCCGGGGCGUUGCUCGCGCUGAGCUUUGUCAUUUGGAAGGUGGUUGAGAAUUUCCUCCCCCCAAAGAGAAAGGAUCAGAAUUCUGGAGAACCUACAUCUUCUGGGGUCACGUGGUCCUUUGCUGCCGGCUCCAAUUUGUCAACAUCUACAAGCACUAAAGCUCAAAAGGAGUCGAAGAAAAAUCUAAACAAGUUUUAUAAGGAACUUCGUACACUGAAAACCGUUAACAUGGCAGGCCGUCAAUUCGGGGAUGAGGGACUAUUCUUUCUUGCAGAAAGCUUAGCCUAUAACAAGAGUGCUGAAGAGGUGGACUUUUCGGGUAAUGCAAUAACAGCUGCGGGAAUAGAAGCUUUCGAUGGCAUUCUCCAGAUAAACACAGCUUUGAAGACUCUCAAUUUAUCUGGAAAUAUCAUUGGAGAUGAAGGAGCUAAGUGUCUUUCAGAUAUAUUGAUAGAAAACGUAGGUAUUCAGAAGCUCUUCCUGAACAGUACAAAUAUCGGAGAUGAGGGGGCAAAAGCAAUUUCAGAUCUGCUGAAAAAGAACAAAACAAUACGUAUUGUACAGCUUAGCAACAAUACAAUAGAAUACAGUGGUUUUGCAAGUAUUGCAGAUGCACUUCUUGAGAAUAAUACGCUACGGAGUUUGUAUCUCAAUGGCAACUAUGGUGGUCCUCUCGGUGCAUCCAGCCUAGCAAAAGGAGUUGUAGGGAACAAAUCUCUCAGGGAACUUCAUUUACAUGGUAAUGGAUUUGGGAACGAGGGAUUACGGGUGUUGAUGUCUGCAUUAUCUGCUCACAAAGGGAAGAUAACAGUCUUGGAUAUCGGUAACAACAACAUUACAUCAGAAGGUUCUCUCUAUGUAGCUGAGUUCAUCAAAGUGACAAAGUCUCUACGGUGGCUCAGCCUUUACAUGGAUGAUGUUGGUGACGAGGGAGCUGAAAAGGUGGCGGAUGCUCUGAAGCAGAACAAAACAAUUUCUACUAUGGACUUUGGUGGUAAUAACAUUCACUCUAGAGGGGUAACUGCAAUAGCUGAAACUUUGAAGGAGAAUGAAGUGCUGACAACACUGGAGUUGAGUUAUAAUCCAAUUGGAUCAGAGGGGGUAAAGGCUUUGUGUGAUGUUCUUAAGUUCAACGGGAAACUCCAAACCCUUAAGCUUGGUUGGUGCCAGAUAGGUGUGUCAGGUGCAGAGUUCAUUGCUGAUUGUUUGAAGUAUAACACAACAUUGUCGACAUUGGAUUUGCGGGCAAAUGGACUUGGAGAUGAUGUAUGUGUAAUCUUUGGUACAUGUUCGUUAAACUUGCAUGUGCUAUAUGAUCCAUCCUUUUUGACUCUUUUCAUAUUCCUGAAGGGUGCUAUCUGCUUGGCAAGAAGUUUGAAGAUAAUCAAUGAAUCCUUGAAAUCACUUGACCUUGGAUUUAAUGAGAUUAGAGAUGAUGGAGCAUUUGCAUUGGCACAAGCACUCAAGGCCAAUGAAGAUCUUGCGGUCACAUCAUUAAUGCUCGCUAACAACUUCUUUGGUAAAUUUGGACAGGUUGCUCUGACCGAGGCACGAGAUCAUGUAUACGAGAUGAGUGGAAAGGAAAUAGACAUUUAUUAUUAGUACAAUUGGUUUCUCAUUGCACUGUAGCUGCUAUCCGAUGGUUCAGCUUGUCGGUGGAAGGCGUGCUUUCUGCACAGUUGACUGUGUAAUUGAGGCUUUUGGGCAUUACUCGAGUAGAUCAAAGGAAAUGGGGGAAGAGCAUGGUUUAUGCUUUGCUAUACAAAUUUUGGUAAACUACUUGACAGUAGUUUAAUCAUUCAGCUGUAUAUAUGCAAAUUUUCAGAAGCACUUGCCAUUCUUAUUGGUUGUAAUGGACCAUAUCCUUCAUUUCAGAUAUGGAUUUGACUAAUUAGUGACGACUUUUGCCAGCUCUUUUUCUUUA